AUGCGGCUCGGUCCAGGAGACCUACUCGAGUAUAACGCGAAAUACAAAGUGCUGAUCUGCCGAGAUUGCCACUACGCCAUUCAGAAAAAUGCACUGGGGAGCCAUUUGCUCCGCCACAAAAUUUACCGCGAAGAAAGGCUUCGUUUGCUGUCCAUCAUCCAUCAACUCGACAUCGUCGAACCGGGUGAUCUUCUAUUUCCCAGUCCAAGUACAAGGCCGGUUGAUGCCCUACCCAUAGUGCCUGGGUAUUCCUGUACCAUGACCGGGUGUGGACAUCUCUGUGCAAGCUCUAAACGCAUGAGUCGCCACUGGAGCGAUGUUCACAGUGUUAGUGGGCCGAAUGAUUUUGCCUCUCGUGCGCGCUCAGUGAAGCUUCAGACGUUCUUUCGCGGUACGAAACUCAAGUAUUUCGAGGUCUCUGUGGCAAGUAGAGCUGCGGAGUCACAGAGUUUCGAUGAGGGGAGUAGACAUGACAGAAAGGACUCUGAUGUGAUCGAAGUGCCGUCAUUAGCACAGCCAAUGUCACUUUCUGAGUCUUCUCCUGUGGUUGACUUAGAGACAUUGACCUACUUUCAUCAUUUCAUCCUUACGACGUGUUUGACUCUCCCUAAAAUCGAAGGUACUCUACCAGCGUCACAAUACUGGGGGAAAUACAUCGUUUCGUUAGCUAUGCGACAACGGUGGCUGAUGUGCGGAUUAUUGACCAUUUCCGCGUACCACUCAGCCACGCUCGAGGACGAGACAACAGCACAGCAAAAGCACUGUGAGCGGGCGACAAGGCUCCGUUCCGAAUUCUUCGUCGUGUUCAACGAGAUGAUGAACAAUAGUUCAAACAGUGUGUCCACCGAGACUUUCCAGAAAACGAAAAAGGCAGCGGUUCAAAUAAGGAGCAUCAUGAGCUGUGCACGAUGGACCUUGACUGGCUUCACUACAAAUCAAGAGAGUGUCCUGGGUCCUACCACAGCCCUGUCUCGGCUACAAUCUUUACUAUGCGAAGUUCGAGACUUUUCUGAACUGGGGAACUCUUUUGCAAUCCAGCAGAGUAAGGACGAUGACCUUCAAACAUCUUUGGGUAUGGAUAGCCCACGAGGUACCACCACAGCACUUACUGUGCUAUUCAACCGUCUUCAGAUGCUGCCUUAUCGCAUCGCCGAGAUAUUCGGGAAACCAGAUCAUGAUCAAGAUGCCCCGGCUAUUCUUCUCAGCAUUGCAGCUUUGCUCGGAUGCUGUAGUAGCGCCUUUGGGUCCGAUGAUUCAUCAGCGAGUGAUUUAUCAGGGACGUGGCAAGGUAUAAGCGCAUGGUUGAAGAAGACAACGAACCACUUCAAUCAUAUGGUUUCACUACGAAAUCCAGCCGCGCUUAUCGUACUAGCCCACUGGGCGGCCAUUCUUGUUAAAUGGACUGAAGUCUAUGAGUGUUGGUUCCUACAUGGCUUUUCAAGGGCAAUUGUUCUGCUUAUUCACGAACAUCUUUCUAGGGAUGAUUCAGUUCGAAGAUUGGUUGAAUGUCUGCUGGAGUGA